AUGAACCCACCUCAUAGUUGCUCAACAACUUUGUUUAAUCAGGAUCAUCAAAAACUAACCUCACAGUUAAUGUCUCAGACAUUAAUGCCUUUUGUAGACAAGGAUCCUUCUAUUAAGGUUAGUGUUUGCAUAAGUAAAAUUGUUUCUGAAUACAAUUUUACUCCGUCUUACAGAAAGACAUGGAUAGCAAGAAAUAAAGCAAUUGAACAGGUUUACGGUAACUGGGAGAGCUCAUACAAUGAACUUCCACAUUUUCUGUUAGCACUUAAAAAAUUCGUUUCGGGCACUGUGCUGGAAAUAGAAACCUUACCCAUGUAUACAGCUGACGGAACUAUUGUUGAAGGGAAACACAUCUUCCACCGGCUAUUCUGGGCAUUCCAACCAUGCAUCAGGGAUUUUGCCUAUUGCAAACCUAUACUUCAAAUUGACGGAACCUAG